AUGAAGCCUACACUGUGGCUGCUUAAAUUUAUUUUUCUUUCCAAUCGCCUUUUACAAUCGAUUAUCCUUAUUUUCUACUACAUUUUUCUUCCUUGUCCCCACAUUUUUUUACUUCUUUCCCAAUCUCUACAUCCUAUCGAACGUCCUUAUUUUCUACUUCCUUUUUCUUCUACUUCCCAAUCAUUUUUCUUCCCUCCCAAUUUCUCUUUCGUAUAUUUUGUCCUUACUUGUCUACUUACUUUUUUUUUCUUCUUCCCACUUCUUUUGCUUCUACCCCAAAAUCUCUUUCAUAUUGAUUGCCUUAUUUUCUACUUCUUUUUUUCUUCUUCUCUCCACAUUUUGCUUCUCUCCCAAUCUCUCUUUCUUAUCGAUCGUCCUUAUAUUCUACAUCCCUUUUUCCUCUUCUCUCCACAUUUUGCUUCUCUCCCAAUCUCUCUUUCAGUUGGUCGUCCUUAUUUUCUGCUUCCUUUUUCCUCUUCUUCCCACAUUUUGCUCCUCUCCCAAUCUCUCUUUCCUAUCGAUCGUCCUUAUUUUGUACAUCCAUUUUUCUCCUCUUCUUCCCACAUUUUGCUUCUCUCCCAAUCUCUCUUUCUUAUCGGCCAUCAUGAUUUACUACUUCCUUUUUUCUUCUUCUUUCCAAAUUUUGCUUCUCUCUCAAACUGUCUUUCCUAUCGAUCGUCCUUAUUUUCUACAUCCCUUUUCCUCUUCUUUCCACAUUUUGCUUUUCUCCUAAUCUCUCUUUCAUAUCGAUCGUCCUUAUUUUCUACUUCGAUUUUCCCUCUUCUUUCCACAUUUUGCUUCUCUCCCAAUCUCUCUUUUCCUAUCGAUCGUUCUACUUCUUUUUUUCUUCUUCCCACAUUUUGCUCUUCUCGCAAUCUCUCUCUGGCAAUCUCUCUCUUCGGUCGUCCUUAUUGUCUACUUUCUUUUUUUCUCCUUCUUCUUUUCACUUCUAUUUUGUUGUCUUCCAAUGUCUCUUUCCUAUCGAUUUUUCUUAUUUUCUAUUACUUAUUAUUUUUUCGCCCAUUAGAUGUCACUGACCAAUAUUUUUGA